UCUUCUCUCUUCACUGCAGUGUGCGUGAGAUUACAAUCAUGGAAUUUUAUUUUUGACAUCACAAAGUCUAUUUAAAAUAAAAAUCCGCCCAGUGAUUAGAGGAUCGGAGGAGACGUGUCGCUGGUCUGGAUGAAGAUGUUUAGAUCCUGGCACGCACUCGAAGCGUAAAGCGCUUUCUUUCCCAUCUUUUCUUUCCUUUUCUUUUCUGACGCCGUGUUUGGAAAUUAAAAUCGGAAUCAAUAAUGUUCACGUUCGCUGCCUUUUGUUACAUGCUUUCUCUCGUCCUCUGUGCUUCCCUCAUCUUCUUCGCCAUCUGGCAUAUAACAGCAUUUGAUGAGCUCCAUGCGGAUUUCAAAGUCCCAGUUGAUCAGGGCAAUCCAUUCCAUGCACGUGAAAGACUUCGGAAUAUUGAGCGAAUAUGCUGCCUCCUGCGAAAGCUGGUGCUUCCAGAGUAUUCAAUCCAUGGUCUCUUUUGUAUCAUGUUCAUGUGUGCCCAAGAGUGGCUAACUGUGGGCCUCAACAUCCCUCUGCUUUUCUACAACACAUGGAGGUACUUUCACAGUCCCACAGACACCAAGGAGCUGCUUUAUGACCCAGCAAGCGUCAUGAAUGAUGAUACGCUUAAGUUCUGUCAGAAAGAAGCUUGGUGUAAGAUGUCCUUCUUCGUACUUUCCUUCUUCUAUUAUCUCUACUGUAUGAUCUACAAUUUGGUGACCUCAUAACAGAAGUCUUGGCACAGAGGAAAAUAUUGGGAUAUCAGAGACUGUUUUAUCAAACUUGUAGCAUUAAACUAAUCACUGGAUCUUAAACGAGAACCUUAUAUAGUGCU